UUCCCGGGGCGGGGUGCGCAGGCUGAGCCGCCUCGGAGCCCGGCGGGGACGCUCCCGGAGGCGGUGCCGGGGAGCGGGUGGGGGGGGGGCGGCUCAUCGGCUCCGAGCGGAGCGGCCACCGGGCACGGCGGAGCGAUGAUCCGCCGGAAAGACACUGAACGAGCAGUGGAAAUUCUGACCAGAUACCAAAGCACCCUGCGGUCUCCGGAGGAGCAGGAGCUAAAAGCCUCCAUUGGAAAAGUCUCGCACGUCUUCCAAAGUGAACUCUUCCAGGCUUUGCUGGAUAUCCAUGAAUUCUAUGAUUUCACGCUACGCUCUGCACCCCUGCAGCCUCCCAGCGCGGACACGUGUCACAGCACAGCCAGGCGGCACCAUGGAACCAGUGAGCAAAGCUCCACAGCCACAACCGGAGAGCCCCAAAACCUCCCCAAGGAUCCGUCCCGGGACAGUGAGCAGAGGCUUCCCACAGGGGCUGGGGACAGUGCGCUGGGGACACCGCCGCGGCUGGUGAGGGUGACGGCACGGAGGACAGAGGCACCAGCCAGCGUCUGCAGCCUGGUGCUCGGCUCUCGCAGCGCCCUGCCCCAGGCCAACCCUGCUCCCAUUAUCGUGAACACAGACUCGCUGGAACAAGGGCUCUCUGUGAACGGCAGCGAUGGGAUGUUCAAAUAUGAGGAGAUCGUCUUGGAAAGGGGUAAUUCUGGCCUCGGCUUCAGCAUAGCAGGAGGAAUCGACAACCCCCACAUUCCAGAUGACCCGGGUAUCUUCAUCACCAAAAUCAUCCCUGGAGGAGCAGCAGCCAUGGACGGCCGCCUAGGGGUGAACGACUGCGUCCUGCGGGUGAAUGACGUGGACGUCUCUGAGGUGGUGCACAGCAAAGCCGUGGAGGCCCUGAAGGAAGCAGGCCCUGUGGUGCGGCUCGUGGUGCGCCGCCGGCAGCCCCCGCCAGAGACCAUCAUGGAGGUCAACCUGAUGAAAGGACCCAAAGGCCUGGGAUUCAGCAUCGCAGGAGGCAUUGGGAACCAACACAUCCCUGGGGACAACAGCAUCUAUAUCACCAAAAUCAUAGAGGGAGGUGCUGCCCAGAAGGAUGGGCGCCUGCAGAUCGGGGACCGGCUGCUCGCGGUGAAUAACACAAACCUACAGGACGUGCGGCACGAGGAGGCAGUGGCCGCCCUGAAGAACACCUCUGACAUGGUGUACCUCAAAGUGGCCAAGCCCGGCAACAUCCACCUCAACGACAUGUACGCGCCCCCCGACUACGCCAGCACCUUCUCAGCUUUGGCUGACAACCACAUAAGCCAUAACUCCAGUCUGGGCUACCUGGGCAGCGUUGAGAACAAGCCUGCCUACCCUGUCCCUCCCCAGGUGACUCCGUCCCGGUACUCGCCCAUCCCUCGGCACAUGAUCGGGGAUGAGGACUUCACCAGGGAGCCCCGGAAAAUCAUCCUACACAAAGGCUCCACCGGCCUGGGCUUCAACAUCGUUGGGGGAGAAGAUGGCGAAGGGAUCUUCGUGUCCUUCAUCCUGGCUGGAGGCCCUGCCGACCUCAGUGGGGAGCUGCGGAGGGGAGACCGCAUCCUCUCAGUGAACGGCGUGAACCUCCGCAACGCCACCCACGAGCAGGCGGCGGCGGCGCUGAAGCGGGCGGGGCAGACGGUGACCAUCAUCGCGCAGUACCGGCCCGAAGAGUACAGCCGCUUCGAGUCAAAGAUCCACGACCUGAGAGAGCAGAUGAUGAACAGCAGCAUGAGCUCCGGCUCUGGCUCACUCCGAACAAGCGAGAAGAGAUCUCUCUAUGUCCGAGCCCUGUUUGACUAUGACCGGACCCGGGACAGUUGCUUGCCCAGCCAGGGGCUCAGCUUCUCCUACGGGGACAUCCUGCACGUCAUCAACGCUUCUGAUGAUGAGUGGUGGCAAGCAAGGCUUGUCACACCCCACGGCGAGAGCGAGCAGAUCGGGGUCAUCCCCAGCAAGAAAAGGGUGGAAAAGAAGGAGAGAGCACGGUUGAAAACGGUGAAGUUCCACGCCAGGACUGGCAUGAUUGAGUCCAACAGGUCGAUCAAAACGAAACGUAAAAAGAGUUUCCGCCUCUCUCGAAAGUUUCCAUUUUACAAGAGCAAAGAGAACCUGGCCCAGGAGAGCAGCGGACAGGAACAGGGCGUGACAUCAAACACCAGUGACAGCGAGAGCAGUUCCAAAGGACAAGAGGACAUCAUCCUGUCAUACGAGCCAGUGACGCGGCACGAAAUUCACUAUGCGAGACCGGUGAUCAUCCUGGGGCCAACAAAGGACCGAAUUAACGAUGACCUCAUCUCUGAAUUCCCACACAAGUUUGGUUCCUGCGUGCCCCACACUACCAGGCCUCGGCGUGAGAAUGAGGUGGACGGACAAGACUACCACUUUGUUGUAUCCCGCGAACAGAUGGAGAAAGAUAUCCAGGACAACAAGUUCAUAGAGGCUGGGCAGUUCAAUGACAAUCUCUACGGGACCAGCAUUCAGUCUGUGCGGGCAGUGGCGGAGAGGGGGAAACACUGCAUCCUGGAUGUGUCUGGCAAUGCCAUCAAGAGGUUGCAACAAGCACAACUUUAUCCCAUUGCCAUUUUCAUCAAACCAAAAUCCAUUGAAGCUCUCAUGGAGAUGAACAGGAGACAGACGUACGAACAGGCUAACAAGGUCUUUGAUAAAGCCAUGAAACUCGAGCAAGAGUUUGGAGAGUAUUUUACAGCCAUCGUACAAGGAGACUCUCUUGAAGAGAUUUACAGCAAAAUCAAACAGAUCAUCGAAGACCAGUCCGGGCACUACAUCUGGGUCCCAUCCCCAGAAAAACUCUGAAGAUGUCCCCCAGCUGCUUCCCCGUGAGCA